CACUGUGAAGAGACACCAUGUCUGAUAAAGAAACUAUUUAAUUGAGGUGGCUUGUUUACACUGUCAGGGGUUCAGCCCAUUACCAUCAUCAUGGUGAGCAUGGCGGUGUGCAGGCAGACUUGGUGUUGAAGCUAAGAGUGCCAGAUCUUGCAGGCAUCAGGAAGUCAACUGAAUGUCACACUGAGUAAAGUCAGAAAAAACCUCAAAGACCACCCCCACAGUGACACACUUCCUCAGUCAAACCCACACUUUCUUAUAAUGCCACUCCCUUUGGGGGCCAUUUUCUUUCAAACCACAACAGUGUCUGUAUCAGUGUCAAUAAAGACCUUCAUUGACUCUGUCCUAAUAUGUUUCUUUUCCCCUGAGGAAAACAAAGCCAGAAGGAGUUACUGGCAAUCAUUCUAGGUCAGGCUAUAGGUGCAGAGGACAGACGCCAGAAGGAAAGUUAAGGCUUUGAGAUUGUCAGAAAAGAGGAAAGGGCAUUCCAACCAUACAGAUUUGAGGUAGAAAAGGGGGCACAGAUUAGAAAAGGGUAGAUCCCUACCCCUAAGUCUAUGCCUACUCCACUUUCAGGAAGGUGUGGGGUCUCUCACAGGAGAAAGACAGAGGCCAAGACUGACUCUGAGUCCAGAGCAUGAUAGGUGCUCAACCAGAACCAAAAGUGGCCAAGAAAGUGUGGAUGGUGUGAGGAAAUGGGAUAUUACCCAACAGAUGGGAUUCUGAUGGUGACAGAGGGAGAGAGGAAGGAGAUAGUGGUAUAGAUCCAGGGGAGGGAGUGGGGGUAGUAGGGAUGGAGUAGAUGGCAGAAGUGUAUAGAGUUUAGUGGAAAAGGAUGGAGGUGUCUGAGGUUGGAAAGAGGAGAAUGAAACUGGAGAAGAUUGGCCUGAGGAUGAGAAAAGUAAACGUAGGUUUUAGGGAAAGGCAAGAGAAGCCAACAGAUGGCCCUAGACUUCCAAAGUGGCAGGACAGGUGGCAAGAGGUGAGUGAUAGGGAAGUUUUAGAAACCCAAACAGUAGGAUAAUCCCUAAAAGUGCAAAUCAUAAGCCUAGCUAAUGAGUUUUGAACAAAUUUCCAACUGUUUACCAAUAUAAGGGUACUGAUCGGAGUGCACCAGGGUUGUUGUGAACUUGACCCAGACUGCCUUUGAAAGAGCUGGACCUAGAGAUCUGGUAAAUGGUCAUCAAGUUUCAUAGGAGAGCCAGUCAAUCUCACAAAAAAAAAAGUGUGCAUCCUUUUUUGUGAACAAACCCCCAUAGUCUUGCCCAAAGCUUUGGGAGAAAAAAAUUUAAUUACAUAAUUCUUUAUUGAUUCUUUGGAAACUUCACAUCUUGUACCCCAAUCCUGCUCACCUUCCAGUCCCUCUAUAACUGUUACUCACCCUGAAGCAUCCCUGCUAAAGAAAUCCCCCCAAAAUUAAUUAAAAACAAAAAAUACCACACCCUUCCAUCUUUCUCACCUCUCUAACACCUUUCCAUCCAUUCUAGUGUCAUUUGGAGCUAUGGUGUGUCACACAGUGCUGUGGCUUAAAAGCUUCUCCAGUGUGGCAGAGCCAGACACAGAGCCCUGUGUGGAUGGUUGGGUGUAUGACCGAAGCACCUUCCUCUCCACCACUGUGACCCAGUGGGACCUGGUAUGUGGAUCUCAGGCACUGAAUUCAGUGGCUAAAUUUAUAUUCAUGAUGGGCCUUCUUACAGGACAUAUCAUAGGUGGACGUUUAUCAGACAGGUUUGGGAGGAAGUUGGUUUUCACGGGUGCUCUACUGCUAAUGGCCAUGACUGAAACCUGUGCAGCUGUGGCUCCCACCUUCCUCAUCUACUGCUCACUCCGCUUCCUGGCAGGGGUGUCCUCCUCGUCCAUGAGGACAAACGGUGCUUUGCUCAUUUUAGAAUGGACAAGCCCUAAAUUCCAAGCUUUGGUAAUGGCACUGGCAUUUUGUGCUGGGGGGAUUGGGCAGCUAAUAUUGGGAGGCCUGGCUUUUGCUAUCCGAAACUGGCACCACCUCCAGCUCGCAAUGUCUGUACCAAUGUUCUUCUUCCUUCUUCUCACAAGGUGGCUAUCAGAGUCAGCUCGGUGGCUGAUUGUGACCAACAAACCCCAGAAGGGCUUAAAGGAACUUAGAAAAGUUGCACACAUAAAUGGAAUGAAGAGUUCUGAAGAUGUCCUAACCAUAGAGGUUGUGAGAAUCACUAUGAAAGAGGAACUGGAGGCAGCACAGACAAAACAUUCCCUGUUGAACUUGUUCCGUACACCCAACCUACGUAAGCGGGUCUGUCUCCUGUGCUUUGUGAGAUUUGUGUCAUUGAUCCCUGUUUUGGGUCUGCUUAUCCACUUCCAGUACCUGAGCAGUAAUGUGUUCCUACUGCAGUGUCUCUAUGGUGUGGUAUCCAUCCCAGCCAAUGUUCUUGGAAAAUUUUCAAUGAAUUACAUGGGCCGCAGAAUAACCCAAAUGAUUUUCAUGUCUCUGAUGGGAAUCUCCAUUUUGACCAUCAUAUUUUUGCCUCAAGAAAUGCAGACCCUGCGUACAAUUUUGGCAACAUUUGGAGGAGCAAUUUCUUCUGCCUCUUUGACGAGUACUCUAGUGCAUGCAAAUGAGCUUGUCCCCACUGUAAUCAGGGCAACUGCUCUGGGAGUCGUUGGAAUUGCUGGUAGUGCUGGGGCAGCCCUGUCUCCCCUGUUUAUGAUCCUCACGAUGUACUCUGCCAACUUGCCCUGGAUCAUCUAUGGAGUCCUCUCCAUCUUUGGUGGCCUUGUUGCCCUUCUCCUUCCUGAGACCAAGAAUCAGCCUCUGCCUGACUCCAUCCAAGAUGUGGAAAAUGAUUCCAGGAGGAAAAGCUCAAGAGAGGCAAAGAAGGACACUGUCACCAAGGUGACACCAUUUUAAAGAAUUUCAACAACUGACCUCUGAUCAAGAAGAAAAACAAAGAAAAAUGUCAUUCAGGAUAUGGUGCCCCAGGAUUGUUCUUAAAUGUUAGCAAAAUUUUUCCCUAUAAACCAUAUGUAUAAAUAGUGAACUAAAUUAAAAUUAUACCAGUUUACCAUAUAUAAAGUAACUAAAAUAAAUCACAGCAAGAAAUUUGAAGAAAGUCAUACUAUA